AUGUCAACACUGAACCAUCUCUUUGAUCUUCAAGAACAGAUUUGCUAUGUACAAUGCGGUUUCUGCACCACCAUCUUGCUGGUCAGUGUCCCAUAUAGCAGCUUGUCAAUGGUGGUUACAGUCCGAUGUGGACAUUGCGCAAGCCUCCUCUCUGUAAACAUGAUGAAAGCCUCAUUUGUUCCUCUACAUCUCUUAGCUUCUCUUAGCCAGGAUGAGCCAAAAGAAGGUUGUCCUAAUGAAGAGGGGGCUCAAAAAGCCUCAGACAAGCGAAGUCCAUCCAUGGUGGCCUCUUCUGACAAUGAAGAAGAUGAUAUAGUUCCUGUCCACCAUGUCGUUAAUAAACCUCCAGAGAAGAGACAGCGAGCUCCAUCAGCUUAUAACCGCUUCAUCAAAGAAGAGAUCAGAAGGCUUAAGGCUGAAAACCCCAAGAUGACUCACAAGGAAGCCUUCAGUACAGCUGCAAAAAAUUGGGCCCACUUCCCAGCAAUUCAAUUGAAAGGAGCUGGAGAGAGCUGUAGCCAGGAAAGGUCCAUGUAGAAGGCAAUGGUUUCUGUGAAAGAAAGAACUCAAGGCAUUCCAUAUGAGCAAAGACACCCUUUUUGGGUAACAGGUCUAUUAUAAGCUACCAAUUAAAGAAUCCCACUUUUGGGGUUAGUACAUGGGUUCCAAUCACUUGCCCCCUUUUGUGGUAGAUGCUCUAGGGAAAGAGGUUUUCUCACUGCAGGU